AUGGAAUACCGGCAUCCAACUCUUGGGACAAUUGCUGUUAAUGGCCAAGGCUUCAUAGCACGUGACAUGACAUUCGAGAACACAGCAAGACCGCAAAAGCACCAAGCAGUUGCAUUCCGAUCAGACUCUGACUUGUCGGUUUUGUUUAGAUGUGCUAUAAGGGGAUACCAAGACACACUCUACGCGCACUCCUUGCGCCAAUUCUACAGAGAGUGCCAGAUCACCGGCACUGUGGAUUUCAUAUUUGGCGACGGCACUGUCGUGUUCCAAAACUGCCGAAUCCUAGCCAGGUUAGGCCUGCCUGAUCAAAAGAACACCAUAACCGCCCAGGACCGUAAAGACCCAAGUGAGUCCUCGGGCUUCUCUAUCCAAUUCUCCAACAUAUCUGCGGAGCCAGAUUUGUUAGCUUCAUUGAACUCCACGUACACAUACCUUGGACGACCGUGGAAGCUCUACUCGCGAACAGUCAUCAAGCAAUCGUACAUGAGCAACGCCAUAAGGCAGGAAGGGUGGAUAGAGUGGAAUGGGAAUUUCGCACUGGAUACCCUCUUCUAUGGUGAGUUUAUGAACAAUGGGCCAGGGGUGGGACUGGGUAGCCGGGUCAAGUGGCCAGGUUUCCAAACCAUGAAUGACUCUGCUCAGGCCUACAACUUCUCUGUGGGUCAAUUCAUUCUAGGAAAUGAUUGGUUGCCAUCAAUCCAAAAUGGCAACCUUGCACACUUUUGGGAGGCCAAGUGGGUACCCUCUACUAACGAUUUCAAAAUUGCUUCCCAUAAACCACCUCACUGUACUGUUCAAACAGUGGCUGAAGUUAUUGACCCCAAUCGCAAAAUAUGGAAGCGUGAACUUCUCAAAGAGUGGCUUUCGCCAGAAGAUUUAGAGGCUGUUCUUGCCAUCCCAAUUGCAGCGGUUAACAGAGAUGAUCUUUUAAUAUGGCACCAUAAUCCAUCGGGAGUUUAUUUCGUUACGUCAGGCUAUGCCUUAGCAAAGCAGAUAUGCCACAACUCCAAUGGUUCUAAUAAGCCCUCCAGAUCUCUCACCCUUAGUACAGAUUUUUGGAAUUCCAUUUGGGCUCUUGAUAUCCCUCCCAAAAUUCGUCACUUUUGGUGGAGAGUGUGUCAUAAUUUGUCGGCAACAAAGCUGGGUUUGUUUCGGCGUAACUGUGCAUCUUCUGGUGAAUGUCCUAUCUGCAGGAAAGAUGAUGAAUCUGUGGAGCAUCUCCUGUUUGAUUGCCCUUGGACAAAAGCUGUUUGGUUCGGUAGCGACAACAAAUCGGUGAUCUCUCUUUGCGUUUCUGAAACAGUUCCACCAUGGGAGUAUACUGCCAUUAUCCUGGACAUUCGAGGACUUGCUUCCUCACACUCUUUUAUCUUUUUCCUGGACAAGCAGAAACAACAAUGAAGCAGUACACUGGGUUGCCAAGGCUUGUCUUUCUAAGGCCUUACCUGUAAAUUGGGCUGUAUGCCCACCUGCUCCUCUUGUUUCCAUACUUAGUUCUGAUGUUUCCCAUUAUCCUCUUUAAUUGAAAGUUUAGGAGUUCAAAAACUAAAAAAAUAUUACUAGAAUAUCUUCACCUGAUAUUAACAAAAUAUCCAAAACCUUAGCUUAGCCAGCCUCAAUCAGCCCAAUAGCUAGUUGAACAUCAUAUUAUAUGCAUUAAAAGGUUCAAUGUUUUUAAACUUUUUUUUAACAGGGGAUUUUGUUUCUAAUUUUUCAAGUCACAUGAAAGAAACAAAGAUUUCUUACUUCAUAUUUUCCAGACACAUUUCACAUCUCAAUAUUAGUUUUGCAGAAAUAUAUGAAAGAAAAGGGGCAUUGCUCAGUGCAGGUUUGAGUCUUCUUCCAAUGUUACCCAUCCCAACAUCCUCAAUUACUGGGACCAACACUGGGUAAUGUUCUUUAGAAUCUUAUGAAACAAUCAAUCAACUGAGUACCUCCCAAAUUCAUAAGUACACUAGUUCCCUCCUUAAACAAAAUUAAAAAAAGAUUUGUAUUCUGAAAUAACAAAAAAAGAAAAGAAAAGAAAAAGAUUGUAUCAACAAAAAAUUAGGUUCCUUCCUGGUGAUUCUAAAUGCAAUUCAUAAGAAAAAGAACUAAAACCUAAGUCCAAAAUUAUGGCCUUUCAAAUUGGAUAAAUCCAAAACUGUUCAGAAUCCAAUCCAAUUUACGAGAGAGAGAAAUUGAAGAAUUGAAACGUACAGAUUUGCAGAAGGACCUUUGUUGUAACAGAUUCUGGUACAGAGAGAAACAAUGAAUCCGAUCGCGACAAAAAUUAGGCUUGUCACCGAAAACCCCAUUUUGAUUUUGAUUUCGAUUUCACCCAAAGCUAUGAAGCUUCUGCAAUGAAAUAUAUUGAAUUCAAACUCGAUCUGAUCCGAAUUCAACAAAACCAAAUUACAUGGUUCGAUCUGAUCUGAAAAAUGCAAUGUUAUUAUCUUUGAUUGCGUUUGCAAACUGUAAAUCCGAACAAUUCAACAGAAUUGGAACCCACA